GUUCAGUUUAAGUUUCGUCCUCCAUUUGACUACACCUUGCUUUUUUCCACCACGAUAGCCACAGCUGUUGGUGACAGGAGUUGGACAUCAGCAGUUUUUGGUUAAUAAGACCAAUAUUUGAUUUAAUGAAAUAUUAUGGGAAAUUCAGUUCUUAAGCAACACUAUGAAACUGCUAAGAAGACAGGCGUACUUAAAAUAUCACAGAAGAAGCUAACUGAAUUUCCAACAGAUCUGAAGCAACUAGAGCCACUCCUCAGAACUCUCGACUUGUCAGAGAACAAGUUCACAACAUUUCCAGAUGAAAUAGGGUCUUUUAAGUUGCUCAAACAUUUAAAUGUUAAUCAUAACAGGUUGACAUCAUUACCUGAAUCAGUUGGAGAUCUCAGUAAACUAGAGAGUCUAUCUGUGUGUACAAACAAGCUGACAGUUCUGCCACACACAUUGUCAAACCUGUCAAACUUAAAGCAAGUUUACUUAAGUGACAAUCAAAUUACAAAGUUUCCACUAAUGUUGUGUGGUCUCAGACAUUUGGAUGUGCUGGAUUUAUCGAAAAAUAAGAUAACUGAUGUUCCUACAGGUGUGUCUGAUAUACAUGUGACAGAAUUGAAUCUUAAUCAGAAUGAAGUGUCAGUAUUGUCUGAAGAUAUUGCUAACUGUCCUCGAUUGAAAACUUUGAGGUUAGAAGAAAACUGUCUUCAGCUGGCUUCUAUUUGCCCAAGAAUAUUGACAGAUUCUAAAAUAUCUGUUCUGGCCCUUGAUGGAAAUCUGUUUGACAUGAAAAGUUUGGCUGAAGCUGAGGGGUAUGAUAAGUACAUGGAGAGAUACACAGCAGUUAAGAAAAAGAUGUUUUAAAAGUAGCCACAUCUUAAUAUUUAUUGGGGUCAUCACUAUAUAAUAAUGUUUCCUGUUAUUCCAGUUCAUGGAUUAUUUCAACCCUAAAUUUAUGCAUUAAAGACCAGCAACAGCCCUUGAAAAUUAAAACCAUUUGGCUUGUUCAAUAUAUUUUUUUAUAUAUCACUUUAUAUACUGAUUGUGGAAGUCACAAUUUAUAAACAAGCACUUUGUUACAACUACCAUUUGUCCACCUUCUUCAGUUAUAUUGCAUCCCCUUCAUCCUUGAGUGAGAACAGACACUGCAUUUUGAAUGAAUAAACAUUUAGUGAUUCUUAAACCACCUCAAAAAUAACUGUGAUCACCUGCAAUGUUUAGUCCAAAACAGUGCACCAGCAAGUAUGACAUACUCAAGAAUAUAUUCAUGGAUCUUUGGAAUUUUGAGUGGAAUGCAUUUAUUGUUACAUAUAUGUGUGUAUGUGCACAUG